ACACUCAUUAGAAUCAAUCAACAAUAGCACACACAAUGCAGCUUCAUAAACUCUGUUUUCUUGCUCUGUUCUUGGCUCACACCACUCUCGCCUUCAAUCUCAGCCUCGAAACCUCAAACAUAGCCUUCCUUGGAGACGCAGAGCUCGGUCCUGCAUCAGAUGGCGUGAGUCGCUCCGGAGCUCUCUCCAUGACCCGAGACGCAAACCCUUUCUCUCACGGCCAAGGUCUUUGGUCCACUCCAGUUCCUUUCAAGCCUUCUUCAAACACUUCUUCUCCUUAUACAUUUGAAACUUCUUUCAUUUUCUCCAUCGCUCCUAGCACCGAACCCGCCCCGGGACAUGGCCUCGCCUUCAUCGUGGUCCCUGCUCUUGACAACAGUAAUGCUGGUCCCGCUGGAUUCCUCGGAAUCCUGAAUAAAACCAACAAUGGCAACCCUGAAAACCAUGUUUUUGCUGUCGAGUUCGAUGUUUAUAAGGACAAAUAUCUUGGAGACAUGAAUGAUAACCAUGUCGGUGUAGAUGUUAACUCUCUAACCUCUGUCGUUGCCAAGAAAGCUGGUUAUUGGGUUCAGAUAGUAAUAGGGAAAACGAAAAUGUGGAGGUUCAAGGAGGUGAAGCUGAGCGAUGGAGAGAGGUACAAGGCUUGGAUUGAGUAUAGAGAGUCCAAAGUUACAGUCACUCUCGCGCCAGAAGGCGUUAAGAAACCUCAGAAGCCAUUGAUCGUUGCGCAAUUAGAUCUCUCCGAGGUUUUUCUCGAAAACAUGUACACAGGUUUUGCUGGUGCCAUGGGCCGUGACGUUGAGCGUCAUGAUAUUUGGAGCUGGACCUUCCAGAACAGCGCUAAGGACACCUGAACCACUGCUGUUCGCUUAUGUUUGUAUGUCUUUUUUACUCAGAGAGUAAUAACUAACCUGAGUUAAUAAUUAAAAAAAAAUUGUCGUUUACUGGAUUGCAUUUUCGUACUAGUGGCCAAACC